GUCCCCCACCCGGCGUGGCGGUCCGCCGUCUCCGCGAUCGGAACGUGAUCCUGGCUCCCGGGGUUUCACAGGAAGACGCAAAACUAGUCUCGCCGACUCGGCGAUUGGCUCUCCCUUCCAAUCCAGUUGUCUUUCUAGAACGGUCCCACAGUGGCAGCAAAGCCAUUUAUUUGUUCAUGUGGAUGUUGCUCGUUGGGUGUCUCUUAAAAAGUGGCAGUGAGACGGGGGGGAAUGAUGGGUUAAUGCAGUUUGCCAACUUUUUAAGUGUUUCGUGUGCACUGGAAGCAAAGCCGUUUUCGCCGGUUUGUACGUAGGGAUCCUGGUUUGAUGGGGUUCGCGGUAGGGAAGACGGCGCCUAAGGCCGCGUUGCCCGACGGGCUGAGCUUUUGAAAUAUUUCAACCAUGACAAAAAGAGAAGCAGAGGAGCUGAUAGAAAUUGAAAUUGAUGGAACAGAGAAAACAGAAUGCACAGAAGAAAGCAUUGUAGAACAAACCUACACCCCAGCUGAAUGUGUAAGCCAGGCCAUAGACAUCAAUGAGCCAAUAGGCAAUUUAAAGAAACUGCUAGAACCAAGACUACAGUGUUCUUUGGAUGCUCAUGAAAUUUGUCUACAAGAUAUUCAGCUGGAUCCAGAACGAAGUUUAUUUGACCAAGGAGUAAAGACAGAUGGAACUGUACAACUUAGUGUACAGGUAAUUUCUUACCAAGGAAUUGAACCAAAGCUCAACAUCCUUGAAAUUGUUAAACCAGCGGAAACAGUUGAAGUAGUCAUUGACCCAGAUGCUCAUCACGCUGAAGCAGAAGCACAUCUUGUUGAAGAAGCUCAAGUGAUAACUCUUGAUGGCACAAAACACAUUACAACCAUUUCAGAUGAAACCUCGGAGCAAGUGACAAGAUGGGCUGCUGCACUAGAGGGUUAUAGGAAAGAGCAAGAACGCCUUGGGAUACCCUAUGAUCCUAUACAGUGGUCUACAGACCAAGUCUUGCAUUGGGUAGUUUGGGUCAUGAAGGAAUUCAGCAUGACUGAUAUAGAGCUUAGCACACUCAACAUUUCAGGACGAGAAUUAUGUAGUCUCAACCAAGAAGAUUUUUUUCAGCGGGUUCCUCGGGGAGAAAUUCUCUGGAGUCAUCUGGAGCUUCUUCGAAAAUAUGUAUUGGCAAGCCAGGAACAACAGAUGAACGAGAUAGUUACAAUUGAUCAACCUGUCCAAAUUAUUCCAGCAUCAGUUCAGUCUGCAACACCAACUACCAUUAAAGGUAUAAACAGCAGUGCAAAGGCAGCUAAAGUACAAAGAGCUCCAAGGAUUUCAGGAGAAGAUAGAAGUUCACCUGGGAACAGAACAGGAAAUAAUGGCCAGAUUCAACUGUGGCAGUUUUUGCUAGAACUUCUUACUGACAAAGAUGCUCGAGACUGCAUUUCUUGGGUUGGUGAUGAAGGCGAGUUUAAACUAAAUCAGCCUGAACUGGUUGCACAAAAAUGGGGACAACGGAAAAAUAAACCUACAAUGAACUAUGAGAAACUCAGUCGUGCAUUAAGGUAUUAUUAUGAUGGGGACAUGAUUUGUAAAGUUCAGGGCAAGAGAUUUGUGUACAAGUUCGUCUGUGACUUGAAGACUCUUAUUGGAUACAGUGCGGCAGAGUUGAACCGUUUGGUUACAGAGUGUGAACAGAAGAAACUUGCAAAGAUGCAGCUCCAUGGAAUCGCCCAGCCUGUCACAGCAGUAGCCCUGGCUGCAGCUUCUCUGCAAGCAGAAAAGGAUAACUGAGCCCAGGACCUGCUGGGAUUUCAAGGUCUUUCUUAACUAUGAGAGCAAGCAUUGCUCUUACCUUUAUUACUGAAUUUGAAUCUUCCUUUAUUUCUAGACUGUACAGUCUGAUGCAUGAUUUUUUUUAUAAAUAUUUCAUACUCUUGUGAAUUUGGAUCUUUUUACUUUGAGCAUAUAUUUUAGAAUAUGUGUAUGUUACAGGAUCACCACAAUGGCUUCAGUCUGAAGGCAGGUUCAUUGUGGGUAGUUUGUUAAUAGUCAGGAAAGCUAAACUGGUCAGUAUUAAUGUCUAGCCCUACCAAAAAUAGCCAGCAGCAUCUGAGGAUGAAAAAUAAAUGAAGUAUCUUCAGGAAACAGUCUGGCUUACCUAUUUUUGAAAGUAUAACUGUUUACCCUCUCUGCUGCUUUAGAUGUUGCUUUACAUAAAACCAGAAAAUGGAACUUUAACAGAGAAAGCAUGUGUGCCUGUUUCAUCUAAUCAGGCAGAGCUAAAAUAGUCAUAUCAAAUAAAAGUAUAAUAUUAAUAAAUUACUAAACUAUUAGUAUCAAGUUAUUAAAGUAAUUUAUAUAUCUGCAAGCAAAGGACAAAGAAGUCAACUGGCAGAAGAGCAGUGCUGAAGAGGGAGAUCCAGGUUUAAAUCUGGCUCAGGUUUUUGUAUAGAUUCAUAAUGUCAGGUCAAGAAUUUAAGUUAUUCUAAGAGAAGCAUUGAAUCUAAUAAACCAACUACUACAAAAAUUUUAAAAUGAUCUCUUUUCCCUGUCAGAGAUCUAAAAGACCGAGAAGGUAUACCUCAGCCAGAAAAUUGAUUUGGCUUCUCUCUCUCUCUCUUUUUUUAAUUACUCUUUCAUGUUGGUUUAUUAUGCAAAGCAGCUUACAUGGUCAUUGUGUUUCUGAUGAAAUGAAGACUUUAAAUCAGUCAGCAGUACUUCACCUUUCAAGAUAUUAGGAAAUUAUUUGCAAAUAGUUUAAAAAGAAAAUUUUACCUCCAGUACAGGCAGUUUUCUCUUAAAGCAAAAAUGCCCAUUUAUUUAAUUUCUCCUUUUUAAUAUUUAUAUAUCUGAGUAUACAGAUAUAUGUAUACAUGUCCACAUGACCAUUUCCUAUGAAUACAGGUAUACACAUCUAUGAAGACAUAAUAUUCAAAAGGAAAGAUAUUUGAAAAGGUAAUAAUUCAUUUUUUUAAUCUUAAAAAAUUAAUUCUUAUAAGUAUGAAACUCUUUACUUACCACAAGCUAACACUAAGCAGAAGUGGCUAGAAAUAUAUAUUUUUUUUGUUUGCUCGCUCGCUCUCCUUGCUUUCUUUUGUUUUGUUGUUUGUUUCAAGGUAUUAUGUACAAAUCCUAAUGUGAGAUACUGGCAAAUAACUUCUAAUCCUCUUAUAGCAGAAGAUUUAUUCUCAAAUAUUACUUUAUGCACCUUCUCCCUCAUCAUUUACUUUAAGUUCAUCCCUCUAAACAGCUUUAUAAGGGUUAGUUAAUGCUUUUGACUAACCAGGAGGAAAGGGCCAUGGUAAUAUAGGCAACGUGGCAUUGCUAGCAGUUGCUGCCAUCAAUAUACUAAAUAGCAUUUGGAAUGAACCACAGGAGACAGGGCUCUUAGGAACGAGGAGGAGAGGAGAGGUCUGCGAUCUCCUUGUCUGAUAACCUCAAAUCAUAAUUUUAAGUGCUGUGCUAUAGGGCUACAAAGUAUAAUGUUGGUCCAUUUAUAUGACUGUAUUAAGUCCUUUAAGACUGCUGUACACACCUAAAAAAGAACAAAGUUUGUAACAUCCCACUGUUACCAUUUUAUAAACACACAAAAUAGACAGACAAAUUAUUAGUAGAUAUUGGGUACAGUGGUUGCAAGAAUAUCUGAGUAUAUUAGCAAUAUGAAUUAAUAUACAAAAGCCCUACUUUAAGAUAACUAAUGGCUAAAAAUAAGGUUUCGCACCAUCCACUUAUGGCCUAGGGAAUUGACAAAUCACUUAUAGUUCUAAAAAAUUACACUAUUCUAUUAUAUUUUCUAGAGCUUAAAAUACUUGACUUUUGAAAUGCUUUUAAGGUGACAUGUUAACAUUUUAGCCAGGAUGGCAGACUUCCUUUAUAUCUCAGUUAUAGGUGUGUGUGUGUAUACGUUUUUUAUUUUUUUUUAAAGCAAGGAACACCCACAUUUCUUUUAGAUACCUAAAGUCAAAUUAUUAUUUCUUCUGUAGCAUUUCUCAGAUGCUUAAAAACAAUAAGACAUUCUCCAUUAUUUUUUCUAUAACAGUUUUUAUUGUUCAUUACAAUUGAACAGAGACAGUUCUCAUACAUGAUCAAGUUUUUUUCUUUUUUCUUUGUUGCCUCUUAUCAUUUUAUGCACCAUAACAUAGGUAGUUUCCCCAAUUGAUUCAAGAAAUUUCUGUUACUUUGUGUCAAGUUACAGUAAACGAUUUUCACUGUCCUUAUUGAGGUUACAGUUACCAGAAAGUCAGGUGGGUAGUCUUUUCCCAUAUAGAAAGAUUAUGGAAGAAAAUAUAAUUCACACUAUUCAUUCUUUGUUAUGUUUUUAUGUAUGAAUUUUUCAUAGGAGAAUUUACAAUAUAUUUAAAGGAAGAAAGAUAAAAUUAUUGGUCAUCUUUUAUAUCUUAAGUACAAGAAUAAUGAAAUGUUCACUUUUGUUUUAAAACUUGUUUUCCACAUGAGGUUCUCCCUGAGCCACCUUUAUAGGUAUAGAACUAGCCUGAAGUUUGAUUUGUGUUGGCAUCAAAAAAUCAAAUUAGGCAGAAUUGCUCUGUGUGGUUGAUCUUCACAUGAAUUAACUAAUCAUAUUCAUUUUGUAUCAGUCUAUGUCAGUUAAUUAGGAAAAUUUGUUUAGUUGUUUUUCUCCCCUGACUAAUGGUGAAACUCAAGUAUGAUAUUUCUUUAAAGAUUUGUACCUCCAGAUAUUUACGGCAAGGUCUGCUAUUUUCCAUAUUCAUCAUUUUAUGCUACUGCCUUUUAAAAAGAACCAGUGUAUCUUUGAAAUAGCACAAAAAUGUUUUUAAAUUCACAACUGCAAAACAACCUGUGACUAACUUAAUGUCUUCAUAUCAGGAAGUGUAAAAAUAUUGAUAUUUAGUGAUAUUUCACUUGCUGCCAGAAAAAAAAAUUCUCAAUUUUUUGUAAAAGGGAGGAGGAUUUUUGCAUACAUUUUUACUCUUUAAAUAAAGACACUUAUACUGUCAUAAUAACAAUUAUGUAUUUCUUUGUGGUUUUUAUUUUUUUUGUAAUUUUACAUAAAACAGUUAUUUUCUAUUUUUACUCAGAUAAAAAUAUUUGUGCAUAAAAUGUAAAAAUAGUAUAAUGAGAAAAAUAAAACUAUUAUACAGUA